CCUGGCAGCUGCCAGGAAACUGCCCCACGUUUCCACCCUUCUCUCUGCAGCUGGGGGGGAAGAUGCUCCUCUGGAAGAUUUUAACCUCUGUGCUGAUAGGUUUUUCACCCCCACCCCGCCAUGGUUAAUUCAGAGACUAGGUUGAAUGUUGAUGUGACUGCAAGUUUGGCAGGAUUUUGGCUUGGAAACGAAACUUUUUGUUGCAGUUCUCAUUUCUGCAUGCAGCCGUGUGUGGAACAUCCCAGCCAUACACAAGGGCCCUUGUUAGAUACCAGUCUGAUUAAUCCUCAUCCACUGCCUGCUCCCCUCUGCCUCCACCAAAGGGUGAUUUUUUUGAUGCCAAGAACUCAUGCAGCAAUAUAUCUGAGUUCACCAGGCAAGGACUGUGAGAGCCCAUGCCAAAUUUUUAAUUGCAUUUUUCUGGCCAAUAGCCAUAGAUUGGUCUUAAGAAAGUCAGGUAUUUCUAGCUCUCAACUCUGUAUCGGUCUGCUGUGGAGCAAAGCUGGAAAGUGUGGCUGGAGCUUACUUGGCUUAACUGGGGGGAGGAAGAGAGUAUCCAGUCUGCCGGGGUGGAGGGAGGGAUGAGAGAAGCCAACAACACAGCCUUAUUUUGCAGGAGCUGAAGAGGCCCCAGGUGUGCCUUGGACCCACUGCUCCCGCCACAUGUGGCUGAGCUGGGAGGAUGGUCCUUCUGCAGGUGGGAAGUAUUCAGCCUGAGUCCUGUUCCUCUGGCUUGUGCUGAAUGAUGGAGGCUCUCCUGUCAGGCAAACCCAUUAUUUUUUGACCACUUCUGAACAGCUCAGGCUGGAGAGCUGAACACAAGAUGAGUUUCAGUGCAGUACCCUUGCUGGAGAAUGGAGGCCCUGAGUUGUGUUGGGGAGUGCCAGUAGCUGCAAUAAAGCACCACAAGGCCUGAUGAAACUCAUUGGAAAGGCAAAUAUUGUACUAUCUUCUGAGUGAUUUAUUAGCUAUUUUACAAGUCCAUUUUAGAUGGAGCCUCUGCUCUUGUCUCCACUUGAGGGGAGAAGGGUUCAUUUAUCACCCUGGAAUUUCCUGCAGCAUGUGGAGCCUGCUCAGGAGCUGUCUCCUUGGAUGCCUGGCCUGUGGCACCUACAACACAAGCAUAAACCCUCUUAUUAAUUGCACAAAUAUGUUGCACCAACACAGUGUUUCAGGCACACUGAUUGGCUGGUUCAGUAACUCUACACCACCUCCAUAACUCUACACCACUUCCAUCCACGUAUGAGCUAGUACCUGUUUUCACAAAAGCAGGACAGAACCAAGGCAGGAUCCAUGAUGCAGGAUGACAAAAGCCAGGAGAAACAGCUCAGCCAUGGAUACACAAAAUAGUACUUGGCCAGCCAAGGCUGCCAGGAGGGAUGGGUGGAGGACAGUGGCCCAGCUUUUUUUAGCCUGUGUACACAGUCAUGCUCAAAUGUUGUUCAGUGGAAUAGAUGUGGUAUUGUUUUUAAAACAAAUUUCCUGGAAAGCAGCAUUUUACAGUAUCCCCACAGCAGGUUGUCUUACAGCUGGUGCCUGGAAGAGGCUGUAUACUAAUUUUCUGUGCAGACUGAUUUAGGGCACUUGUGAAGAGAAGAGCGUUAUUUGAUACUCCAUAUUAUUUCCUGGGAGCAGUGCAAGGCUUAGGAACAGUGAACUUUGUCCAACUUUAGCACUUCAAGGCAACAAGCUUCUGAUGUUCUAAAUCUUGGGUGCAAGAUGUCUCUCUCCCCAUCACAGCUGGAUUUUCUUUAUCCCAAUGGCAGUGUAGUUACAGACAAAUGACUCCAAAAUGUUAAAGAAAAUUAGGGCAUUAGCUUAAAAAUAUAGCCAUGCUUCUGUGGAUGCUGCUUAUUCUGGGGUAGAGGAGGUGGCUGUAAAUGUUUGGUCUCAGUUCUGUGACUGCAGCAGUGAGCACAGGCUGUCUGUGGAGCUGAGGAGCAGCAUAGAUGUUCCCCAGGUCAUACCUCACAGUGAAUAUUGGUUUAUACAGAUGUGAAUCAUUAUAAUUUCUCAGUGCUGAACAGCAAGGAGGUGCAAGAAGGGAUCAUCCAGUAGGGAUCCCUGGGUUCUCAGCAAGUCACCAAUAACUAAUUUGCAGAUAUUAUUUGUCUUCAUCAGCUAACCUAACCUCUCAAGAUGUCUUACACCAAUACUGAAUCACAGCAUGGUUGGGAUACUUGUGUUACAGCAUCAUCUCUCACUGUUAAACAACAGCAAGAGGAAAUGAGCAAUAUUUCAAAUUGGAGCAGAAUGAGAACUGACAGUACAAGAGGGAUACUGUAAACCUUUGAAUUCCCAGCAGGGAGGUGGAUAUCCAAGCCCUGAGCCUCCAGAGAGCUUCAUGUGCCAAUACCAGGUUCUGUUUGAAGAUCACAGAAUGAUUGAGGUUGGAAGGGACCCCUGGACAUCAUCUGGUUCAAAAUCUCAUGGUGAAGAACGAAGGCCCCAAACUGGUGCCCUUCUUUAAAGCCACGUGUGUCUAUUUUGUCCUCUGGCUGCCAACUUCCAGCCCCUCCUGGUUCAGUGCCCUCAUCAAAUGUCUGCCCAUCUUCUGCCUGUGGGCUUUCCUUCUGGCUCAUGGAAUUAACUUCUUAGUGUCACACCGGAGCGCCAGCCGCAUCCUAGCAGGACUCAUAUUCUCGGCAGUGGGAGAUGCCUUUCUCAUCUGGCAGGAGCAGGGCUACUUCAUUCAUGGUUUGCUGAUGUUUGCCAUCACACACAUCCUCUACUCUUCAGCCUUCGGCAUGAAGCCUUUGGACCUCAAAGCCGGCUUGUUGAUGGGCCUUGUUUGCAGCUCCUGUUAUGCCUUCCUGUACUCCUACCUCUCAGGCCCAUUCACCUACCUGGUAGCUGUCUACAUCGCCUUGAUUGGCUUCAUGGGCUGGCGAGCAGUUGCUGGCAUGCAGCUGUGCAACGACCUCUGGACGUGGACCAAGCUCUCGGCCUGCAUUGGCGCGAUGCUGUUCAUGGUGUCGGAUCUGACCAUUGCGCUUAACAAGUUCUGCUUUCCUGUGCCCUACUCGCGCUUCAUCAUCAUGGCUACUUACUAUGCAGCCCAAAUGCUUAUUGCACUGUCUGCUGUAGAGACCAGAGAUGAAGAGGACUUCAGAAAGAGGAGCUAGGUGGAAUGCCAAUAGUCUGUGAACAACAUGGGUUAUAUCUCAGGUGCUGUAGCUGCAUUCACCCCUGAGAGAGAUCUCCAUUUCUCUAGACACAUUGGUGAUGUUGAUUUUGCUUCUUUGAAGCAUUACCUUUGGGGCUUUUUUUUCAGUGGCUUUCUCUGAAUACAGCUUACUUCAGUGUGGAGUUCACAUCAGAAAGCUUAGACUGUCCCUGCAGUAGCUCCUUAUUCAACUUUUCUGUCUUGGAAGUGCUGUGCUACUGCGUUUUACUCGUUAGUCUUGAAACUGAUGCUGAAUUUCUGGGAAGAGGAGAGCUGAUGGAAAGGUUUGUCUAUGCACUGUGCUAGAACCCUUGCUUUCAAUGUAGGCAGACAGGCACAGAUCUCUGCUAAAGUCAUAGGUAAAAAUUAAUUUAAUUUUUGUCUCUUUUUAUGAAUUACAAACUCAAUAAGAAAACUGGAGCCAUUUCCUCGCAGAAAGGAAGCCUGGAGGUAAAAACUGCAUAUCCAGAUGAUGGCUGAGCUUUGGAGUCAACAGCAGCAUGUGGGGCAGCCCCCAGCAGAACCAGAAUGAAAGCAGAACACAGAUCAGAGAGCACAGAGCAAGAGGGGUGCUGACAUGCAGUGCUGUGUGCUUUGAUCGUGGCUGAUUGCUGCUUCAGGUGAUGCUGGAGCACCUACCAUGUCUGUAGGUGCCUGUCAGCAUUGUCACAUGGCAGAACUAGGAGUCUGGUGGGAUUUCAGGUCCAUCUAGGUAGCCAGGCCACUGCAUUCUCCCUUGCCAUGCACAUGCAGUUACACAGUGUCUGCAGCCACCAGUGACAGCUGAGAUGUAAUAGGCACAAGAACUUUGAUAUUUACAGCAGGACUUGGAGCUUGUGUGUCCUAAUUUUCCUUCGUAUGGUGGGCAGGAAUCUAAACUUUAUGCCUUUCUUCCAUGGUAUCCCAACAAAUACUGCUCUUUGCAGUAUCUCUCUUGAACCUUCAUGUGAGCAUGUAGAUUGCUGUUGUGUUUUGCCAGCUUGUGGUAAACAAUCAGCUUUGCAGCACUCGCUUUGUGGAAAGCCCCUUAUUCAGCAGAGCCUCCUGAAAAGCACCAUCCUGUCUGUUUGAAGUGCCUGCUGCUUCCUUCUUGAACUCACAUGGAUGCAGAGAAUGCGAAAGCCACCAGGGCUGGGAAAGCCUGUUUAAUUCUGAUCCAUCUUCUUUGGUUCAUUUGUCACCAUUUGCUGAAGCAAGAUUACUUGCGAUUUCAGACUUUCUUAAGAAGAAAGAUACAGGAAGAGGUUGCCCUGAUUUUUAAUCCGGGUUCAUUUGUGAUCUUACGUAUAUUUUCCCUCAUGUUUAGGAUAUCUAACAGCAAGCUCUCUUUCUGUUUGUGCCUUUUCCUUCUGUCCAUCCUAGGGCUGCUCCCAUGGGCUGAGAUGCUCUCCCAAUGGCUUGAGACACGAGAGCACUCAGGUGAGCAAAGAAAGCUUGCUGAGGGUUUCUUCACUUCUUCAAACCUACAGCCAAACAGACACAACCAAAACAGACUGCACAACUCCAAUCCAUGCGUGCCCCAGCUGGCCCUUGCACAUGCUCACGUGGGCAGGGCGACAGGAGCAACAGGCCUCCAGACCAGCCCUGUGGGCUGAAAAUCACCCUGAUCUCCAUACCUAGCAUGCCCUGACCAUUCCAGGUGAAAGCCUGGCAUGGAGCUCCCCGCACAGUCAGCAGAGCAGGAAUUCCUCCUCACAAGGGUCAGGGGGCAGCUGAGGAAACUUACCAACCCUGCGAGCUUUUCCCUUGGUGUUGAGAUGUACCUUGUGGUUCUCCUGCUCCUCCCUGUCCUUCUGUGGUGGGACUGGGUGUGGAAUAGGCACUGCCUCCCCAUGGCUUCUGCAUUAGUGCUAAUGCCGCCCGUAUUACAAAAAUCUAGUUUAACAAUCCUGGCCCUGAGGAGUCAUCUGCUGCUUUUCAGACAGAGCUCAGAAAGGUCAGCUGCAUUAUUGAGAGGGAAGGCAUUACCCAGCCCCAUGUAAUCUCUUCCAUUUAAUGCUGUUGUGUAAUGUCAGUAUUCAUUCACUGGCUCACUGGGGCCUGUUUGGAGUAAACUGCUAAGGGAAUUCAGAACCGUAAAACAUCUUCAUUCAUCAGCAUUGCUUAUCUCCUGGCCCCUGCUUGAACCCUGCCAUGUAGCUCUCUACGGAUGUCACCUGCUGUUACUCAGCUUGACUGUGUGCAGAUCUCUUCCUGCAACAGACUACUAAGCUAAGAAGAAAUCUAAGCAUUUGGGAUGAACCCAUCAUCAUUCUCCCAGCAUGUGAGCAAACAGCACAUUUCAGUCUGCUGUAUAGCUCCUCGUCAUGGGUCAGGCCAGCAUACUCAGUUCUUAGCUGGCAGUUCUUCAGAGGAGUUCUCUGCACCCUGAGCUUGCCCUUACUUUGAGGAAAACGUGUGUGUGAUAAAGUAACCUUUAUUUAAAAGCUAGAAUUUUGAUUCUCUCUUUCUUCCCCUCUAGAAAUGAGUAGUCUUCGAUUUACCGAAGAGGCUAAGUUGCUUUUCUGUGUGCUUUUUCAUCUUGUCUUGCUUUGUUAUCCUGCUCCACCAUCAGCCACUGGAUAAUUGCAGAAAAAGAUCUUUCAAGUGUUAUUAGGAGGCCUGCCUUCUCCUCUCCACUGGCCAUCAGAGGUGCAGUUUCUGGUGGCAGGGGUCUCUGGGUGGCUCUCGCUGGGACAGCAGAAACAUGUGCAGCCCAGGUGAGCUGUUGUUCCCUUGCUGCCCCUCACCUGGCUGGGACACACCCUGGCCAGGUAUUGUGGCUCCAUCCCAGUGCUGCAAUAGCUUCAGCCUUCCCAGGAACACAAGGCAGAGCCCUCAGCAUACAAAAUCAGGGAGGAGUUCUGGAUGGCUCAGAGGUUCACCAGUGAAGGCUCUCAGUCUUCAAAAUCUCUCUCCUGUGCUGCAUUCCUCCUUUUAAUCCAUAGUACUUGAAUUAAACUACUUUUCCUGGAGGUUCUUUCCUGCUGGGAAGAGACCAGCUGCUGUGGACACUGAUUUGACACAAUUCUGACUUUGGUAAACCCUCAGAAACACUAAGCAGUUGCUGACAGUCUGUUAAACACCUAUUCUUGGGAUUACAACUGUUCCUUCAACCCCAGCGAGGGCAAUCUUCAUUUUGAAAGGGAGCAAACAAAGUGGGAAUGAGGUGACUGUUUGUGGCAUUGCCUUUGUGGACCUUCUGGUGGUCUCUUUCCAUGCUAAAACUGCAAGGUUUGAUCCAUUCUUCUCCUGUUCAGGAGCACAGUCCUAGAGAAGCACCCAGUUUUUGGCCCAGGGACAUUAUAGAGGGAAUGAAGCACCCCAGUGGUGUUGUGUGCCUGGCCCCAGCAGUAUCAGCUCCUUUCUUGCUAAGUACAGAGGCUUUCUUCUCACACUGCUGCAUUCAGAAACCGCUCUGCAGUUCCCAUCUACGGUCAUUUGAGGUUACACACAUGGCCCAAUUACUUUUGCUCACCUUCCUGUAGUUAUCACCCUCUUGGAGAUCCUUUGGCUCCUUAUGCAGACAUAUAAAAGAUGCAGCACAUGUAUUUCAGCCUUGUAUCUCUUUCUGUAAAUAGAUCCUCCUGACACAGAACUCCCAAUGAAGUGAAAGUAGCACUGCUAAUUGCAACUGGUUUUACAUGCUAGUAAUGCUUCUGGGCUGUGCCAGUCACACAGAUGUCAGCAGGGUGAAGCUGCUGUAGAAAGAGCAGGUUGAGAAGAAAAAAACAAAGGAUUUACCUGGCUUCUUACUCCUCUGUACUAAAGCAACUGCAUGACUGAUUGUUUGAAGAAUUACUCUAACAUGGCUUUUAAGUAGGUUGUUGAAGGUUUCAUGUAAUCAGUGGAGGUAAUUGAUGUAUUUUUACACAAGUAUAUAAAAUUCCCAGGACCAACUUAGCAGAAUUUUGUCAUGGCUCUUCAAAGUUUUCCAGUCCCAUAGUUUGACACUAACAUCUGUAAUUUUUCAGUUUGCUAUUAUGGUAAAUUUGGGAGCUGUUCUAGAAGAAGCAGAUUAAAGCAAACAGCAACUGUAAAGCUCAGUGGCAGGUGCCUCUUUCUCUUUGCUUGGUUUCUGGAUACAGAUGGGGGCUGUUUUCAGCAGAGGCAGCAUAACUCCAUUCUUGGAGUUAUGGAAACAAGUCCUUGGAAAGAAGUCUUUCUGGGUACUUCUGCCUUUUAUCCAUGCUUGCUCCUUUGGCAGCCUUGGGUAAGUCACUUACAUUUUCAGGGGCCAGGUCCUCAUCUGGUCUAAAAAAGUGUCAGAGAGCCACUGCUAUGCCAAGUUACAACAGCAGGGAACAAGGCCCUCACCCCAUUUCUAUCUAAAAUGGGCAUCUUGGCACUUACCUACCUCACAAGGAUGUUGUGAGGAUUAAUGCUCAUACAGCACUUUCAGGAUGUAAAGUGCUAUGUAAGUCCCAAGUAUUAUCCAAUCUUAGUGUUAAACAUGCUUUUAGGGAUCUGGAGGAUUUCUCUUAAAGCAUGGAAUAUAUGACUGCCUCUUCAAUUUGCAUCAGAUGGAAAGCAAAUGCAAAAUAUUUAUUCACACUAACAGGUUGGGUUCAGCUGCACUUGAACUCUGAGGAGGGUUUAGCAUAAAAGACUGAACUCUGAUUUCAGUUUUGCAAAUGGUUUUUAGUUCUCCUAAAAGCCUCAACCAGAACCUUAGAUGUGAAGCCUACAUCCAGAUUUUGCAGUCUGGUCUCAUCCCUGACUGUUAGCUAGAAUAAAUCUAAUCCAGCCAAAGCACAGUGCUGUCGCAGUCUUCCAUGGCUGCUGUAAAGACUGGAACAGAAACUGAAGUUAUUCUGUUCAACCUUCAUUCUGCAGAAGGUCAGCUAGGUUUCAUGGGACAAUUUACAAAGGGAUGUUUAAUUUCUGUGAAUAUAAGUUUUACUGAGUUCGUAGCGAAGGGAAGUACUUGUACCACCAGUCCUAGGGCCUGGAACAAAAGCUGAUCUAGAAAUACAGCUGUAAACCAUCACCACGUUCUCAACAAGUAUAAAAAUGCCACUGUUCACUGAUUUGAAAUCUGGACCUCAGCUAGAAACUACUUUGUCAGGUAGCACUACCUGCUGUUCAAACACAAGUGAAGGCAAGGAAUUACACCCCAAGGAAUAUGAGCUGUGUACAUGUGAAAUGGACCAUAAUUUUGAAGCAGCUGCAGUAAAAUCUUCUUAUGAACUCAGAAGCAAACACAAUGCAAUUUUUUAUGGUUUCUUUAAAAUGUUUGAUGGUUUUUAGUUCUCUUAGUUUGGAGAAAAUGUUCUUAAUGUUAUUUUAUUUUUGCUCUUAUUGUAAAGAAUAAAAAUAUACAACUCUAGAUAGACUGCAAGUGAAAAAAGGUGGCCAGUUGGCAGGAAUGCCAAAUCUUCUGUGGCUUGUAUUGUUUCUGUGGUGACACUAUGCUGCUGUAGGAUGAGCUACUGGAGUGAUGAGAUGGCUCAACAGUGAGGCUGAAGACCCAGGCAGUCUCAUAUAAGAGGGAUGCACUGAGACUGCAGUGGGAACACUGGGCCCAUCUGGAUCAGUCAAAAGACAGAGAGAGCAUCAGGAAAUAAAAUAAACCUUUUCCUGAUAGCUAAAAAACAAGAAAUCAAAGCCAGCCCAUUGGGUGAUGGUGCUGGAUAAGCACAAACACACAGAUCUAGACUUUGCUUGUGCAGGCUCCUGCUGGCCCAGGCCUUGCUCCUCAUUCAUCUGGGGAGGCUUCCAAGUUUGUGGUUCUGUCAGGGUCAGGUGAGCAGAAUCUGUAGAUUUGUUAAAUAAAACUCCAAAACCUAGAAAACAAACAAACACACACAAGGAAGGAAAAAGCAAGUGCCCUUGGGAAAGUAAUAGUUCUGCCUGGCUGAGACUGCAGACUCGGCUGGUCUGUCCUGAACACUGGUCUCCAUGUCUUGUGCCUACGUGAGCCUCCUCACUCCAGGCCUUCUCCCAUGCAUUCCAGGCAGAGUGCACUGAAAGAUGUGACUGAAGCAGCUGCUCUCCCCCAGGACUGAAGCAUUUUGCCACAUCUAAAGGUCUCUAGCACUUAUUUCCUUUACCAUGAUUGUAAAGGUCACCACAUGCAGUACAGCCACUUGAUCUGGGAUCUUUUAUUAACACAUUUUUAUGCUGAUUUUACUGUUUUAAUUCUUUGUUUGGAAUGUAUUUUUUUUUCCUCAUUUCUUCUCUGUGUAACAGCAAUUAAAAAUAUUAAUUUACUGAGUAUUUUUACUGUGCA